CCCUGACGCGUCUCAUAGAUCCUCGAUCUCACCAAAUCGAGCCCGAACUCUUUGGAGCUGCACCAGCAACUGCAAUGGCUCUCAUUGUGGACAAACAUCGACCGAGGUCCCUUGAUGGCCUCACAUACCACAAGGAGCUCUCUGAGCGGCUGCGCUCGCUGGCUCAGAGCGGCGAUUUCCCCCACCUUCUCGUAUACGGGCCGUCUGGUGCAGGCAAAAAGACACGGAUCGUCGCGACCCUAAAGGAGCUGUAUGGCCCGGGUGUCGAAAAGAUCAAGAUUGACGCGCGUGUUUUCCAAACAAGCAGCAACCGCAAGCUCGAGUUCAACAUUGUCGCCUCGGUCUACCACCUUGAAAUCACCCCCUCAGAUGUCGGCAACUACGACAGGGUAGUGGUGCAGGAUUUGCUCAAAGAGGUGGCCCAGACACAGCAGGUCGAUCAAGCGGCGAAGCAAAAGUUCAAGGUCGUGGUCAUCAACGAGGCCGAUCAUCUUACCCAAGAUGCCCAAGCGGCCUUGCGUCGGACAAUGGAGAAGUACUCGCCGAACCUCCGCCUCAUUCUCCUUGCCAACUCGACGGCCAACAUUAUCACACCGAUCCGGUCACGAACCCUGCUCGUACGGGUGGCGGCGCCAACACACGAGGAAAUUUGCGACGUGCUGGCCGCGUCGGCAAAGAAGGAGGGCUGGCCGGUUGUCAAGGGCCUUCACCGGAGAAUUGCCGAGGAGAGCGGGAGGAACCUGCGCAAGGCGCUGCUGAUGUAUGAGGCGGUACACGCACAAAACGAAAAGGUCACCGACAGCACGCCCAUACCUCCGCCUGACUGGGAGGCCCUCAUCGGCCAGAUUGCCAAGGAAAUCAUGGAGGAGCAUACGCCGGCCAGGAUCCUACAGGUUCGCUCCAGGUUCUACGAUCUCCUCACCCAUUGUAUACCGCCGACGACCAUCUUGAAGACACUCACCUUCAAGCUCAUUCCCCUCAUCGACGAUGCCCUAAAGGCGGAUGUCAUCAAGUGGUCUGCCUUUUUUGAGCAUCGGAUCAAGACGGGCACGAAGGUUAUCUUCCACUUGGAGGCGUUUGUGGCCAAGUUUAUGAGGAUAUUCGAGAUGUAUCUAAUGAGCAUGGACAUGUGAGGCUGGGCUUUCGUCAAAGGUUUAGGCGUUUAUGGAUGGCGUCUUGAGAGUUGCUUAGCAUGGUGACAAUCAUUCCGAAUGACUUUGCACUGCUUCCUACCUUAAUACGCCCUACGUUUGAGCUA